AGAACAUCAACAAAUUUGAAAAUGUCUGCCAUUGCAGCAAGCCAUGGAAUUAAAGAACGAGUUUAAUUAACGACGAGACUCGGCACCUAACGAAGCAGUUCCUUCAGGCCCACAUCACAUCUCGACGGUGUGUUCUUAGAAAAAAACAACAAAAUCAACAGUUCUGGAAAUGUCUUCUGUGGAAGAAUGAAAGCCCGAUCAAGCCAUUAAAUUAAAUAACUGGCUUUAAUUAACAACAAGAAAUGGCCUCUAACUUAGAAGCUGGUUGGACGGAGCUGGUCAUCGGUGGGCUCGCUUCACAUCUCAUUUCCAUUUGAGUGCAGUUUAAGGAAACAAUGAAGCCAUUCAGAGAGCUGAAUCUUCAAAUCCAAGUCAAAUUAAACGAAGGGAAAAGGAGUUAGGCCGGCACGGUGGCACAGUGGUAGGAUUGCUGCCUCGCAUUUGGGGGACCUGUUUCUCUUCUCGGUACUCAAAUGUGGCACUUGGUGCCCACCUGCCAAGUUCUUCUGCCUGCCUAAGAUAAAAAAACAAAGCCUCCACAUGGCCAUGCGGUGUGGUGCCUAAUGGUCUGCAGGUCAGGGCUGGCCGUGUGAGAGAAGUGGACCUUAGAAAAGAAAAGCAGACGCUGGACAGAGAGUGAAGAGUUUUUCACGGAGGGAGAGAGAGGGGGGACAGUAUGGAUAAAAAAGUAGCACGUGUUAAGCAAGAGGACUGUGAGUGGGGUGAACUGGAGAGUUUCUAUGAGAAGUUGGAGGAGCGUGAUGGAAGAAUGUCACCUUUUAAAGAGGAGGAGUGUCGGGAGGACCGUGAAGGAAGAAUGUCACCUUUUAAAGAGGAGUGUGGGAUGAACCGUGGAGGAAGAAUUUCAGCUUUUAAAGAGGAGGAGGAGAAGUGUGGGGGUGGAACUGUUCAGGUUAAAGCCGAGGAUUCAGAAGAUGCUUCCGAAAUUCCGGAAUUGCAAAAGCCUAAAACUGAAAAUAUGUUAGUGCGAGAUAAUUGUGAGCCAUCUCCUUCCGGUUUACAACCUUGCCUCGCUACUAUGGGACAGCGGGCUAUGCAGCAGAAUUCCAUGGAACUGAAAUCUGAGAAAUUGGAGUUUGAGGAGAAAAUAAGUGAAGGAAAAAAUGGCAGAGAAACAGAAGAGCAUCGGUCACCACGGAGUGUGGAAAUAAAUUUCCAGGACAAUGGCAGCUUCUCCCCACAAUCAUUCGCUCAGACAUCUGUUCAAUGUGAACUGCAGCACAACCAGGACAUGGAGACAAUGAAGAAAUCAACAAGAGGAUCUAAGAAUUGGACUCCAGCCUCCUUCCAGUGCAAUUCUCUCCCUGCUGUCAAAUUAACAAGGAUAGAAGCUAUCGACAGGUUUCAAGAAACCGUGCGUAAUACUGGCCAGGGGGCAUUAUACGCCAGUCAAGAGUAUGGAAAAACUUUUAAAAACCAAUCUGACGGUAAAGAUAAGUCAAUUCAUGCAACCCGUAAACCAUAUGAGUGUCAUGCAUGUGGCAAACUAUUUUCACUGAAAAACAGCCUACAGAGACAUAAAAAGAUUCACACUGGAGAAAAACCCCACUGCUGCUCAGAUUGUGGCAAACGAUUCCUCGAUAGCAUAGCUCUCGAGCGGCACAGACGCGUACAUACUGGGGAGAAGCCAUUCAACUGCGUCAAGUGUGGCAAAAGAUAUUCUCGUGACAGCAGUCUUCACAAUCAUUUAAAAAUUCACAAAGGUGAAGAUGUUUAUUUUUGCUCUGAAUGUAGCCAAGGAUUCACACUGUUAAGUGAUUUUCAUAACCACUUGAGAAUUCACAGUGGAGGGAAGCCUUAUUGUUGCACUGAAUGUGGCAAACAGUACAUACAGAGAGGCAGCCUACAGAAUCACAUCAGAAUUCACACUGUGGAGAACCCUCACUGUUGUUCACAGUGUGGCAAACGAUUCUCAAAACUAAGCCGUCUGCAGAGACAUACACGGAUUCACACAGGAGAAAAACCGUACAGCUGUUCAGAAUGUGGGAAACAAUUCACUUGCAGUGGCAAUCUUUACAGCCACACACAAAUUCACACUGGCGAGAAGCCGUAUUGCUGUUCUGUAUGUGGUAAACGAUUUGCACGUAGCAACGGCCUUCGGUACCACUCAGAUAUUCACAAGAGGAGAGAAAAGAGUCAAAUCUGAGCUAAAUGUGUGCAUGUGUGUGACGUAAAACUGUGCUCGGGGUGCUGGGGAUACUCUUUGAAACAUGGGUAUAAAAUUAAAACUUAUCCUAAUAA